AUGCCGUCCGAAGCAAACAUUCCUGUCUGUACGAAGACCUUUCGACUUAACAAUGGCAGAAGUAUCCCAGCAGUUGGACUAGGCACAUGGCAAGGCCAAUUUGGCACCGAUGAGACUGAAGCUUUGAAAAAGUCCAUAAUCUACGCGCUCAACAACGGCUAUCAUCUGAUCGAUACUGCUCAGUACUAUGGAAUCGAAUCAGUCGUUGGAGAAGCCAUCCGCGACUCUGGGGUUCCUCGAGAGAACAUCACCGUGAUCACGAAGCUAUGGGGAAGUUCAUUCCACGAUCCUGCAGCAGCGUUAGAAAAGUCUCUGAGUGACAUGAACAUCGGCUACAUUGACCUCUUCCUCAUGCACUGGCCCAACACGAUGUCGCCGGACGAUCUGCCACAGAAGUACCCAGGUAAUCCACCAUUCUGGGAAGCCUGGAAGUCGAUGGAGAAGCUCGUCGGAGACAAAUGCAAAUCCAUCGGUGUGAGUAACUUUACACAGAAGACCCUUGACAAACUCCUGGAGAAUGCCAGUAUCGUCCCUGCCGUUAACGAGGUCGAACUCCAUGCCUUGAACCCAAACAACAAACUAGUACCAUACUGUGACGACAAGGGCAUCAGAGUCAUCAGCUGGAGCACACUAGGAAGCGAGAGACUCGAUACAGGCACCAACCCAAUACUCACAGAUAAGCUCUUCGUCGACAUUGCCACAAAGCACAAGUGCUCGACUGGAGUGGUGUCGCUUUCUUGGGCAGUCCAGAGAGGAGUGGUUGUCAUACCCAAGAGUAGCAAGCUCCAUCGAAUCGACGAGAACAUCCGGCUUGUCACACUUGACGACGAAAGCAUGGAAGCAAUCAGCCAUGCAACGGACACAAUCGAGAAGAUCAGACUAGUGCACAUCAUUCCGGGCCUGCAAUACCAUCUAGAUGGCAAGGACACAAUUCUGGGCUGGAGUGUAGAAGACUUUGGAUGGGAAGACAAGGACGGCAAUUGGCUUGCGUGA